AUGUCCGUUUUGUCAACAAAUGAAUUGUCGAGGCAGCAGAGCUCGCCUAUUCCGGAUUCAGCUGAAGAGAUGGUCGAGGAAGGGAAGAAGAUAAUGGCGAUUUUCAACCAGUGUGCAAAGACGAUAAAAAUCUACAAUGCACGACUGAAUAAAAUACAUGAACGCCGUGUUCAAAUUGCCAAAGUGAUCAAUGCUCUUGGAAUAAACAACUUGGACACGCGCCCAGUCGAACGUCACAUGGAAAUAAACGUGAAGAAGGGGAAAGAAUCAGUCGCUUCAGAGCCGCUCUUUUUGCAAGAAAACGCAAUCAAAGCAAUUUUCCAGCGAGACAAUGCCACAAAACAAGCAUCAGUUGCAUUUAAACUUCGCCUUACGCCAAGGAUUAAAAACGUUACCAUUCAAUGGCAAAUCUUCCAUCCUCUGAUUCGCGAAGAACCACCGAUAAACGAAGCUGUCUUCGAAUUCAGCCGAAAGUCACCUGAUCAAGCUUUUGUGACACCGAUUUUGACGGACAGAAUGGAUUUCGAUCGACUCGUCGACAUGGAUAACUUUCAUAUUGAUAUCCACCUAACAGUUAGGGGUGUUAAAGCAUUCAAAGAUGACGACGAGGGCGAAAUUGUAUCAGCGAUGAUGGAGGGCCUGAACUUCAUGACGAAAAAUGAUCCAGCAGUGGAGGAACAAAUGAGAGCCAUAAACGAAGCGACCAAAUUUUUGCAUUGA